ACUUUCCUACUGUAUGAAUUGUCUGUGAAGGCAUCACAGCUUUCAUGCGCAUGCGUACGUCUUGUCACAGUGGCGUGUUCGUCGGAACCAGAACGUGUACUCGAGCAGGAGCUGUUUGCCACACUUCUCACCCCUUUUAAAGCGACAGCUCAUCAAUGGCGUUUGACUGGAUCGGAUUUGGCUAUGCUGCCGCCAUCUUCCUGGGAGGUUACAUGGGAUACAAGAGAAAAGGCAGCGUCAUGUCUCUGAUGGCCGGCCUGGUCUUUGGCGGCCUGUCUGCUUACGGCGCCUACAACAUCUCCAACAACCGCACCGACAUUAAAGUGUCGCUGUGUGCUGCCGGGGUUCUCUCGGUCGUCAUGGGGACAAGGUACAAGAAGUCAGGCAAACUGAUGCCAGCUGGAAUUAUGACAGUUCUAAGUUUGCUGAUGGUGUUCCGCCUGUUGUUCCUGAUGAUUGCGUGACCGGCUGACAAGUGUUCCAACAUCAUUCCUGCGAGCGUUUACAGUUUUCCUACUGACCAAUAACACGUUUGUUCGUAUUGUUCCACAUGCUUUCCAAUACUGUGAUGGAUGUACUUAGAGAUCAAAUAAAGCAGCAGACAAAUAAUAAAAAUAAUGAUAAAAAUGGGGUGAUGUAAAGAAAAAAGCUGAAUGUUGUUACAGUGAAAUACAAGUAUAAAAUAAAAAUAAGUUAAAGUACCAAUGAUUGUCACACACACACACUAGGUGUGGUGAGAUUAACAUCUGCAUUUGACUCAUCACCUUCACUCCCUGGGAGGUGAGGGGAGCAGAGAGCAGCAGUGGUGGCUGCGCCCAGGAAUCUUUUUUGGUGAUUUGGAUGCCGAGUGACAAGCAGGGAGGUAAAGGGUCCCAUUUCUAUAGUCUUUAGUAUGACUCAGCCGGAGUUUGAAACCCAACCUACCGAUCUCAGGGCGGACACUCUAACCACUAGGCCACUGAGCAGGUGGCCUAGUAAAUAAUAAAUGAAAAUGACAACUAGUUACUACACUAAGCCUUUUCUUUAAAUAAAUAUCUGAAGGGUUUUUUUUUGCAUUUUUACAAAAUCAAGAAAUAAUUUGGAAACGUUUAGACACCUCUGAACUUGUACAAGCAACGAUAAAUAAAUGACUGUGAGUGUACAAAGGACACGAGAUGUAACAUUUGAAUGCAAAAAGUACUUUUAAUAAAGUACGGUGUUGUAUUUUCUAGUAUGUGAA